ACACUCUGCUGCGUCCUGGUCCCCAUACCCACCAGUUAAAGCACUUGCAUGGAGUGGCCUUGCCGAGUAAAAAAGGGGCAUACUUUAGUGCCCGUAGUCGUCUGCUUCUAGAGACUGCCCCUUCGACGCUGGACUGCGCCAUGUUUCCCGUAUGGCAUCAGAAUUGGCAGAUCAUUCAUGCUCUUGCAUCGACACAAGGUUUGCCUGCCAAAUCCCCUUUGUCUUCUCUUCGUCUGUCUCUUCAUGGGAGAUUACCGUUCAUGCCGUCUGGAGCAUCAGACGUGGUCUGUGCGUAUCCCAUCAACUGACCUCCGUCACCUCACAUCAACGAACCCCACCUCUAAGGCCAGCCCUAUUGCCGUAUAUUCGGAUGGCGUCUCUUCGUCCGAUGAGGCAUAACGGCCUCACUUCCCUUUCCAUCUGCUCCAUCACAAGUCUCAAGGUUUUUAUACUACAGAACCCCCUUCGCCUUCAAUACCCGAGUCACCGCUCCGUCACGAAUACCCAGGAUUAUUACCUGACAACUCUUUCCCUUGAUCAUGCGCUUCAUGCCAUUGGGCUAAUGGCCCUACUCUCCGAUCAUCUACCUUGUCAAUUCCUUGAGAGAUACCACGGGGUGCCCUCGUUACUGGAAAGCUUCGGAAGCACUCGACCAAGAAGGAACACCCAGAUAUGCAGGCGACCAUGUCUUCACACAGCAGUAGGCUGAAGCGAUAUCUAGCCCAACUUACGGAGUACGGAGUACUGAAUGUCAAGCUCGCCAAAGCACUCGAGGAGUACUACUACCCCACCCAUCACUAGUCCACUGCU